AAAUCUAAAACCCUAAUAAAACUUAGUUCGAUCAGCUUUCGCCAUUAACUAGAGUUUGAGGUCGUUGAAGAAGAUUUAAACAAAUUAUGGGCAAACCGAGCAAAGGAUCGGAGUUGACUACGAAAUCUGAUAAGAAACUCGAUAAAAAGCUUCAAUUUUACACAAAGGUCAAAGACACAGUUACUUCUUUGUCUGUCCAAAAGGACAUUGGCAAGAAGAAGAAAAUCCGCAGCCGACAAAAGAAACUAAAGGCAUAUGAUCUGUCCAACCUCUCGGAGUUUCUUCCCGAGUUCAAUGCUUUGCAGAAAUCAGCUCUUCCUGCACCUGACUUGAAGAUGAAUUGCAAAAGGCGACAAAAGCUUGUAUUGACGGAAGGGGAAAGAUUGAACAAGGUUCUAGACCAUCCAGCUUUUCAAGCUGAUCCAGUUGGUUCAAUAUUUCAGCAUUUGCAGAGUCAACAGCCACCGGUGGAAGAGCAGCCGAAAAAGAAGACUAACAUAAACGGGAGCAAGAAAAGGAAUCGGAGAAAGGGGAAGGCUGAAUCCAUGGACUUCUGAUCCUGUCCUUUAAGUUGCUUAUGUUUUGUUUUGUUGUUUUGUUAUAGUAGUAACAAAAUACAUGACUUUGGUCCUUGGACGUGAUGAAUCUUCAAAUCUGAUUGUUAUUAUUGUGCAAA